AAGGAAACACGUUAUAAGAGCAAAGGUUAAAGGCAUGAUGCUGGGCAUUAUAAAAGAGGGCUCCACACGCUUCUGCGCCAGUCGUCCCAGUAGCCUAGUUUUGGAGUGCUGAGGAAGACUAGGACUGCAACCAUGAAGUUUUUGGUAGCGAUGUGUCUAAUGGCGGCAGGCGUCAGCGCCUCCUAUGGGCCAGCCGGAAUCGUUCAUCCUGACGGGACGUUGCAGCAGCUCACCCGCGAGGAGGCUGAAAACAUCGCCGUCGUCGGGGAGUCUGGAGUGGUCUUCCACGACGGGUCUAACAUUCAGUUUAACCGCGAUGCUGCUCUGCACCAUGCUGGUGUCGUGCCACCCAUGCCUGUGCCCGUCAUGCUGGAGAAGCCAGGCCCCUACGGCGCUACUGGCAUCGUCAUGCCCGACGGCAAAAAUGUGCAAUUUACAUACGAUCAAUCUGCGAACGUCAUCGUAAUCGGGCCCUCUGGAGUCGUCAUGGCUGACGGCAAGAACGUGCAACUAAACGAUGAGGGACUCCCAUCCCGCAAGAAGCGAGAAGUACUCCUUCAGGGUCCCUCCGGCGUGCUCUUCAAGGAUGGCCAAUGGAGGCAUCUUCUUCCUGGUGUGAAGAUCGUCCUCUUGACUGAGUCUGGUGCCGUCCUCUCCAACGGUGAAAACGUCCAGUUCAGCGGGUAACUCACUUCCCUACAAAUGACACCAUUAUUGGCUUCUUUCAUUUUAUCAUUCCUGCUUCACAGCUUUUUUUUUCUUCCUAUCGGCGUUCUCGUCUGGGAAAUAUGGGAGCUUUUCUUGUUUCAACGUGGAAGCUGUCCAGUUCUAUAAGUGACGUACUUCUUGCCGCCAUUGACACAUGCUACGAAAAAUAAUGGAUGUAAACGAACUUUGAAAUAAAUAUAUUUCUUCUUAGAUGAA